UUUUUUUUUAAAUACAACUGCAAACAAAUCCGAACAUGUCCUCAUAGAUCUCCUUGUUUGUCUUCCAACCAACAGCUUCUAACGGCGAGGCUUUGGAGAGAGGAGAGAAGUGAGAAGGAAGGAGGGGGGGGGGGGGAGUGUUCGCUCCUCGGCGCAGAGCGAGGCGCGGUGGACGAGCGGGGAGCCGGGAGCGCGCGUAAAGGAAGGAAGGGAAAGGAAGGAGACCGAGGCUCAUCAGUCGCCAGCGGAGCCCCAGACGGCGGAUGAGCGGAGCCGAGUACGUGUGCGUCGUCGCCCUUGUCGUUUCCCACAGCAGCCGAAAGCAGCGUCCGGCCGCCCGGAGCCUGCCCGCAACAUGAUGCUCCAACUCCUCCACCUCCUCGGGAUGCUCGUCUGCAGCGGCCAAGCCGCCCUGCAGGUGUCCAUAUCCUUGAACAAAGUGGAGUUAAGCGUCGGAGAGUCCAAAUUCUUCAUCUGCACAGCUAUCGGCGAGCCGGUGAGGCUGGAGUGGUACAACCCCCAGGGCGAGCGCAUCGUCCAAUCCAAGCGGAUGGCGCUGCACACGGAGACGUCGCGGUCCAGGCUCAUCAUUUACAACGCCAUCAUCGAGGACGCGGGUAUCUACCGCUGCCAGGCCACAGACGCCAGCGGUCAUACCGAGGAGGCCUCGGUCGUGCUGGAGAUCUACCAGAGGCUGACGUUUCAGGAUAUUCAGUCACCGCAGGAGUUCCGCCACGGCGAGACGGCGGAGGUGGUGUGUGAUGUCAUCAGCUCACCGGUGCCCGUGGUGGUGUGGUACUACCAGGAUAAGGAAAUCACAGAGGAGCACCGCAGCAAGUUCCAGGUGCUGACGAACAACAACCUGCAGAUCCAUCAGGUGAACAAGGCCGACGAGGGCGUGUACCGCUGCGAGGCGAGCGUGGAGGCCCGAGGCGAGAUCGAUUUUGUGGACAUCGCUGUCGUGGUCAACGUCCCUCCGGUGCUGUCCGUGUUCCAGCAGACCUUCAACGCCACGGCGGACUACCAAGAAUCCGUCACCUUUACUUGCAUCACCUCUGGAUCUCCGGACCCCGUGUUCACGUGGCACAGGAAAGGGCAGCAGCUGGAGCCGUCGGAGCAGCACGUCUUCAACCGGCUGGAAGGCGGCCGCGGCAUGUUAACCAUCCACAACAUCCGGCAAGGUGACGGGGGCGCCUACACCUGCAAGGCCACCAACAAGGCAGGGUCCCAGGACAGGGAGCUGUUCCUCAAAGUGUUCGUCCAGCCUCACAUCACCCAGCUGCAAAACGUGACAGCCGUGGAGGGCAGCGCCGCCAUGAUCUCCUGCGUGGCCGAGGGCGAGCCUCUGCCCGACAUUUCCUGGAGGAGGGCCAGCGACGGCCAUACCUUCGUGGAAGGGGACAAGAGGCAGGACGGGCGCUUUGAGGUCCGCGGGCGCCACGGCAAGUCUGUGCUGACGAUCAGCGGCGUGAGGCUCGCCGACUUGGGCCGCUUCGACUGCGAGGCGCUCAGCCGGAUCGGGGGUCAUCAGAAGAGCAUGUUUCUGGACAUCGAAUAUAUACCAAAGUUCCUGACCAAUCACACCAUCUUCUACUCGUGGGAGGGGAACCCGGUGAACAUCAGCUGUGACGUGAUGUCCAACCCUCCCGCCACCAUGCUGUGGAGGCGAGAACGCCUCACCAUCUCCGCAGAGGCAACCACCAACACGCGGGUGCACAGCACGGAGGGCAAGUCUGUGCUGGAGGUGACUCCGAUGUCCGACAGGGACUUUGGCCGCUACAACUGCACGGCCAGGAACAACAUCGGAGUUCGAUACCAGGAGUUCAUCCUGGCGCAGGCAGACGUGCCAUCGAAUCCGUACUCCGUGCGCCUCUCGGCCGUCUCCCAGCGGCUGGCGACCGUCACCUUCAUGAAGCCCGACUCGCACGGCGGCGUGCCCAUCAGCUACUACCUGGUGCAGUACAAGGAGACGGGCUCGCAGGAAUGGAGGGACAUAAAGUCGCACAGUGUUCAGACGACAGUGGUGCUGACGGUGCUGGAGCCCAACACGACGUACGAGGUCCGAGUGGCGGCCGUCAACGGCAAAGGUCAGGGGGAGUUCAGCCACACGGAGACCUUCCAGACUCUGCCCAUCCGGGAGCCGAGUCCGCCGGCGGUCCACGGGCAGAGGGGAAUGGGCAAGGCCUACAGGCUGGGGCUGGUCAAGCAGGACGACGGAGGGAUGCCCAUCGUGGAGUAUAUCGUCAAGUACAAGACGGAUAAAGAGGAGCAGUGGAUGACCAAGCUCGUUCCCGGAGCGAACGAUUUCGCGAUGCUUCAGCCGCUGCAGUGGAACACGAGAUAUGAAGUGGAAAUCACGGCGCGCAAUGUCAAGGGCCUGUCGGAGCCGACCUUCUAUCAGUUCUUCAUGCCACAGAAGCCUGAUAUUACAGCAGAAUCCCUGUUCAGCGGCCUGGGCCUGGGGGCGGUGGUGGGCCUUGGCUUCGGCGCGCUCCUGCUGCUGCUCGUGCUGGUGGACGUCAGCUGCUUCUUCCUGCGUCACUGCGGCCUGCUGAUGUGCAUCACGCGCACGCUGUGCAGCAAGAAAACAGCCACCAGCGGCAAGGGCAAAGACAUGGAGGAGGGCAAGGCUGCCUACCUGUACAGCUACAACAGCCGCCCAACCACCUUUUCAACCACAGAAGCUACCGUUGAAGGAAGAAAAUGGAAAAGAGUCUCUCAAGCCGGAUACGAUUGAAAUCAAAGUGCACAGUGACAACAGCCUCCACACAAAGCCUGACGACAGCAGGGCGUAAAGGACGCAAGGAAAGAGAGGAGGAGACGGGUCGAGUCCCCUCGCCACCAAAAGAACAUUCGGAUCACAAGACCAAAACCCAGAGAAACUACAACACUGGAAAAUAGUGGAGUAAAAUACCAUAUCUGUUUAUAACGAUGCCCUGAAUGAAAGGCAUGUGUAAAUACAAAUAAUAGAGAGAAAAUAGAAAGGAGGAAAGGGUCAACCUUUUAGACCCCCUGCGUGAUAAAUGUAUCAUGUUCUUGUAAACAUGGCGUCAAGUGGAAGGCUCUUGUUUAUCAAUGAUUGUAGAUUGUUUUUUUUUGCUCGUCUCACUUUUUGCCGUGUGUUUCAAUGUUUUUUUUAAAUUCCGAUUCUGCUUUUCGUUUCUCUAUAAUUUCUUUUUUUUAGAACGGUCAUGUCGUUAAAUGACGAUGCGCCCCCCCACCCCACCGCAACUUCUCAGACUCCUCACGCAAUCCCCAAUGCGGUCGUAUGCUAGUGUGCCCCCUUUUUGUCUGUUGGAGCAAAACGCUGCGUGAUAUUCCGAUGAUUUAAACCCAGUGUCCUUAGCGCCACACUACAGCAUCCUUUCUUCUUUUUCAUGCUUCUAAUAGCCGGGCAAAGUGUCUGGCUAACGAGAGGCACAUACAAGCGGUAGCGUUGUGUUUCAGGCGAGCCGGCUUCAAAAACAACAGGCGAAACGCCACUAACGAGAUUCGAGACUUUACUUCUCGCAGGGGGGCCAUUUGUAACAUUUAAAGCGUGUCCUCGUCGUGAAUUAUUAAGAAGAAUCUAGGCUUUAUCUGAUGGUUAAUGUCGUCUGAAAAAAGGGCUGUUGUGGGUUGUGUUGCAGGGGAAUAUCAAAGAAAACACCACAAAAAUCGAGACAAAUAGAAAGAGCGUGUUGUGUUGCGGCCUGUGACACAACACGCGUGCACUGAUGUCAGCCUUUUGUAUUGACAUGAAACAUCCUCCUACAACGUGGGUUUUUUUCUCGUGUGUGUUCAAUCUGCUUACUGAGGGUUUAACUGAACUGCCAGCCAACGUGCACUUUGGUACACGACUUGAAAAAAAAAAAGAAACAGACGUCCCCGCAAUUACUCUGAAUGAUGUCGCGUAAUCGUUUCUAUAUGUAGAGGGCAAAGAAAAGCAGAGUAUCCUCAUGGGAAAUAAACCGACAUGCGUACGUUGAUAUUUAGCUUUUUAUCUCUUUUCUGUCUCACAUUUAUUUUUCUUGGUUUUCCUCAGUCUGAUCGCUGUUCUCUCUGAUGUUGUCACGUGUUGUACAUAGGUGGGAAAAAAAAGAAUAUUUUACAAAGCUUUUAUGUAAAUAUACCCUAAAGGAUGUCUUCUUUCUUUUCUUUUUUUCAAAAUGCAACAGGCUUUUAUUUUAUUUUUUUCAGACGAAGAACUGUAUUUCUUUUAUUUCCUUCUUACGUUGUGUUUUGGUCAGAAGUUCAGUGAUGGUGUAAUAUUUGCUUUUUUAUAUCCAUUUAUUUUCCCUUAAGAAAUCCCCUGCCCUAAGGCUAUUUCACGGCAUUUUAACGGAGGCAGUAAUUAUGGCAUUAGUGUGCCUUCUUUUCUUUUUUUUUGUUCUCCUCCACCCUUGUGGCCCAAUGCCGCGGCAGCACUGUCAACCAUCAAACAAACUUUUGAUUGUCACGUUGCUGCUUCUUCUCUUUCUUUCUUUUUUUUCCGCUGCCACAGAAUGAAUUUUAUUCGUGACGCUGUGAAUUCCUGGAAAUGUAGUUGUAAGACUGUGGGUCGUAGUCGCCAACACUGGACAGAAACAGACGUGUUUAACUACCUAGUGCAACUAGAUGUCAGGUCGACGCCGUGACUUCAAUCUGGCUUUACCGCCGUGUAGCGUGCAUACAUGCGUGAGUGGUUGAAUACACUUGUCUAAAUGAAUCAGGUCGCAUGUAUGUCUGUUGAAUGUAUCUGCACGUACUGUAAGUCAGUCUGUGAGUGUGUGUGUGUGUGUGUGCCCACUUUUCACAAUAAGAGUCUCUCAAUUCCUGAUAACCUAGUCGAAAUCCCAAUAUCUUGCUGUUUUAUUUUGUUCUGAUUCAUCUGUUGAUUUUUGUUCAUUAUUUAUAUUCGACACUUUCCAGCUACCUGAGGCGUUAACGCGGCCCUGCGAGUCAUAUGUGAACAUGCCGAGGUGAGAAUAUCCGUGUGCGAGGGUCUCUCCUCGAGCGUGGCGAGCUCUCACGCGGAGUUUUGGAGUGCACUCCGAUGGCUAAAACCUGAUUAUGUGCUUCUCGACAAUGAUUAAUUCCCCCAGGGUGCAGCACUCUCCGCGCACGCGUCUGCAAGCCCCACUGCCGCCACUGCUCCCUGCCUCUCUUGACUCCAUUGGUUUUUAUCUCGGCCCCUCGUAGCGCUGGCUUUGUUUCCUCACAGUGAGCCCUUGUACCUGCAUAUCUCAAACGGAUGGUCCUGCCAUGGAGUGGUUCCGCUGCCUGUUACGAUGACUGUAAAUAUGGGAGCACAGUGCCUGGAGGCUAUACGAUUUGUACAUGUUCUUUUGUAUUUGAAUAUGAGUCUAACCCCCCCCCCCCCUUUACCCUUCACCCUAACCACCCCUCUCCCCUUGUACCCUCCCUCUCUGUCUCCUCCACCAUGCCUUUUCUCUGUAAAGGGGGUAAUACAGGUGUGUUUGAGCUCAGUGUACAGUAUGUGUCCUCUUUGUCCCCCCCCACCCAUGCUCCCCACGUCCCCUCGGACUGUCCCCGCUGAGUUUGCUUUGUGCAGGAGGUGGGAUCUAUUGAUGUCUCGCUGUACGUACCUGUGGAACACUUGUGACUCCUGUCAUUUGCCGCUGUAAAUAAACAUGUCCUGGUAGAAGAGAGUGA